AUGCUAGACAGAUUGCUACAAUCAUUACAUCAAGAACUUUCAACAACAAUCCAGGAUAUUAUAAGAUUACAAUUGGAAAAUAUCAAGAUGCUUCUUCAUUUAUUACCUGAAACUGCUAUACUUGAUCUACCAGAAGAUCAGUAUUAUGUCUUAUCAACAAUCUCUUCAUAUUUUGGCCCAAAUGAUGGUGAUCUUGCUCAAUUACCGCUUAUUACGCUUAUUACAGGUCAACCUGUAUUUCAAGUUCAAAUGGGUAAUAUAUCUGCUGAAACAUGGCAGAUGCUCAAUCAAAAACAUUCUGAAUUUUUAUCACGUUCAGCAAUCAAUACACUUCUCAAUACUAUUAAUAUUGACAGCUUUAGAGAAAAUGCUCAGCAAAUUAAUCGAAUGAUUUGUAAUAUAUUACCUGUUCCUGAAGGAAAAUUCUUUAUAUCACAAGAUGUAAAUUCAGUAAAUUCCACAUCAUAG